AUGAAGUUGUACAAAGCAAACGAUUCGUGGAUUGUAACCACAGAAGAAAGUAGCCUUUGGUUUAAUAGAAGAAGUUUAUCUGUAUAUACUAAAAAUGAGCCUAUAACUAAUCAGUUCUUAGCAUCAUCAGCAUGGGAUGCUUCAUUUGUAAGUGAUAUUCAUGGUUAUAUUGGACAAGUGCAAAUGGUUCAAGACGGAUUUCAUUGGCUAAUAUUUAUAAAAAAUCAACAACUUGUUUGUCAAAUAUCUAAUACGCAUGAAAUUUUUCGUAUUACGGAUAUUCUAAUUCAACCUUUUGAUAUUUUUGACGAAGAAUCAGAUGCUAAAAGCAAUUCAUCAAGUAAUAAUAAAUAUGAAUUAAGAUGUAUUGAAGAGCUUCGUUUGUGGUAUCAAGAAACUCAAUGUUUCUAUUACAGUUCUACGUAUGAUUUAACGAAUUCGAUGCAACGUUCAUAUAAUCAUGAUGACACUAUUCCAUUAUGGAAACGUGCCGAUGAAAGAUACUUUUGGAAUCGUGCGAUGCUUAGUGAACUCAUUGAUCAAGAAGAACAUUUAGAUACUCGAUGGAUUCAACCCAUAAUAAUGGGUUAUUUAAGUGAAUGUCAUUUUGAAGUCGAUCAAGAAACUAAUAUACAAUUGAUUCUUAUAUCACGAAGAAAUUGUCAUCGGGCUGGUGUUAGAAUGCAUUGUAGAGGCAUUGAUAACGAUGGAAAUGUUGCUAAUUAUGUUGAAACUGAACAAGUUCUAUGGACUGGUCAUAAUGUCAUGUCUUUUAUUAUGAUUCGAGGGUCAGUACCAAUAUUUUGGUCACAACCUGGAAUUCGAUAUAGACCACCACCAAAAAUUGAUCGAAGUAAGUUAGAAUUAAAGAAUAUUGUUUCUUUAAAAUAA